UGCCACAUCCUUUAAGAGCCAUGAGACAAGACUGCAAUUCACCCCUCCCAAUGUCUUCCUCCAUUAUGUUCUCGCCAAUGAGUACACCUUCCUUUGGCAGGAUUGCUCUUCGGCUCAGAUUGGUCUGCAAUUCGGGUUCGUGUUAGACGAUUUGAUGGUACUACACUCUUUGGCAUCCUCCGAAUCCAUCGCGUUCAAGCACGCCAGCAUCCUUCACAUCGAGACUAGUCAUAUCGCCAUGAACACCAACGAGAAGUCGACAUUGCUGCCCCUUUCACGCGAAACAGCUGGUGACAGCACCGAGGCCCAGAGCUUUGUGAGCCGAUGGAGCAGUCGAGUUCCUCGAUGGGCGAAGAUUGCCAUGACGGGUGGCGCUGUUUUGUGUGCCACUGGACUAGCCUGCUCUCUAUGGUCAACUUCGCCAUUGCCGACGGAGGGGACGACGCCAUGCAAAUCCGAGCUGACUACUGAGGAACGGGAUGAUUGCCUAGAUAGGAGACUCGCUCUUCGGGACUCGUACAGUCUCUGUAUUGGGUCAGGUCUCAGGAGCGGGUCGAAGUCGGCGUAUGAGAGUUGCAAGAAGUUUUCCGACCAGCUUGAAAACCUGAAGUGCCAUCAUGAAUGUGACUGAGGGACCAGUCAGUAGGUAGCCCAGGCAGGGACGCUAUGUAUUCAUACCGAU